AUGGAAGAAGAGCGAGAAGAGGUAGGCAGGCGCUCGCUCCGGGCCCGAUUUACCGUCUCUGAGGAAGAGGAAGGCCAAAAACAGAGAGUUGCUAUCUGGAGGAAGAUUGAAUCGUCCUUCUAUAAAUCGGACGACGACGACGGAGCGUCUUCGCCCGCCCGGCCCGGCUCGUCGAUCCGCUCUCCCGCCCCGACGUCGACCGGCCACAGCCCCGACGACGACAACGCGGCGGCAAACAAAUUAGACUCUUUGCUCUUCAACAAAACGGACGAAAGGCUGAGGCUCGCCCGCGAGCGUCGAGAGGAACGCGACAAGCAGAACGCCGCCAAGGAGGCCACGUGGCAGGCGCGGGAGGAGCGAGCCCGUCGCCACUACGAGAAGCAUCUGGAGGAGCGCCGGAGGAAGCUGGAGGAACAGCGGCUCAAGGAAGAGCAGAGACGCUUGGCGGUUGAGGAGAAGCGACGGCAGAAGAUGGCCGACGACAAGGUUCGUCACGAGGCGGUGAUGCGGCGGACCAUGGAGCGGGGUCAGGUGACCCGAGCCAAGGCCAACCGCUGGUCCUGGGGCGGCCCCCCGCCCGCCGACGGCAGCCAUGCCGAUGCCGACAGAAGGUCCGUGUCCACGGUCAACUUAUCCAAACAGCACGACCCGGUGAUGACCAAGCGUCUGUCCUCGUCUUCCGCCACGCUCCUCCGCUCGCCUGACCGAGGUCCGCGCCGCCUUCCUUUGACGCCGUGGGAGAGCAACGUGGUCAACCGCCUCCAGCAGCCCACGCACUCGUACCUGGCACGCAGCCGCAGCGCCACGAGUCUCUCCGGAGAGCAACGGGACAUGCCUGUGUGUCCUCGCUCAGUGUCCUGCCACCCGGUGGGCUCGGCGGCGCCGGGCCGCCCGCUGUCUCACAGUCGCAGCCACGAGCGCAGCCUGGGCGGGGAGACGUCUGCGCCCGCCCGCCGGAGGACCGCCGGGAUCGCGCAGACCCCCCAAAAGAACCCCGAUGCUGUCAGAAAGUCGUGGAGCAACCUGUCGCUGCCUCUGGGUCCCGCUCUAACCUUGCCUCUGAAAAUCCGCUCCUCGUCGCCUAUCAAAAGGAACACUAAAUUGAUGGCCCCAUCUCCUGGAAGGCCUCCUCAGAAGAUACAGGGACGCCCCCCGACCCCCAAGAUGCUGAAAUCCCCCGGCGCGGAGGACCCCGGAAACCGGCGUCCCGCGGCGCUCCCCGCAGAGAUCCCGCGGCCGUCCGAAAGCGGCCCGGAAGCAGAAGAGGAUCGAACGACGGCGGGCGGGAACGCGGACUCGACGGCCGUUUCUGACCGCCGGCGGCUUUCGGACACGGCUCUCAAGCCUUCCGCCGGCACCGCCGAUCCGGAGGAGGCCGCUCGCAUCCUGGCAGAGAACCGGCGGCUGGUCCGCGAGCAGAGAGAGAAGGAGGAGAAAGAGCGCCGGCGGCAAGAGGAGCGAGCCAGGUUAGCUGAGGAGGAGAUGGCUCGUCGCGAGGCCGAGGAAGAGGACAGAAGAAUGCAGGAGGAGAGAAGAACAGAGGAGGAGCGACUCAGGCGGGAGCGAGAGGAGGUCGAGAAAGCCCACAAACAGCGAGAGGAGGAAGAGAGUCGGCAGAAAGAGGAGACUGAGAGGCUGAGGCGGGAGCGGGAGAAACACUUCCAGAAAGAGGAGGCCGAGCGCCUGGAGAGGAAGAAGCGUCUGGAGGAGAUCAUGAAGAGGACCAGACGCUCUGACACCGCCGACAAGAAAGUAAUCCCCGGCGAGACCAGCGACAUGGCCGAAGGGACCAGCGGCCCGCAUAGCAACGGUUGCCCGGCGCCCCCCGACACUUCCGCCGGCGACCCUCCCACGCAUAGGGAGAACGGCCGGUUGGAAGAAGGGCACGAACCGCCUUCGCGUUCCACGUCGGAAGAAAACGGCCUCCCCGAAUCUCGGAGCGCCGGAGCGGACGAUCUCGCGGCGGGGCGGGGAACAGGUGUUUCCAUUCCGCUCUUUUCUCUCGGUUUCUCGGCCCCGCUCAAUUCCGUCCUUUUUAUUUUUAGAUGUCGCCUGAGACGGGACGCCUAA